AUGGGUCGUUCAUUACCUGAUUACUUAUGUUUCACAACUUUGAUAAUUCAGCGUUCAUAUGUGAGGGAGAUCGUCAAAUCUUCCAAGAAAAGAUAUAGGGCAUUUCGACUAGAGUCAUUAUCUGCCGAUCAUGAGGGAUCGACAUACUCGGCUAGUGUUGCCUUUUGGGUCGUCCGCAUGUUAUCGGAUCUUAAAGAAUUUGGGUACAACAUGGAGGCCCCCAAGUUCCCAAGUGUGGAGGAGAUCGCCGAUGCACAUGAGAAGUUAUUUCAUGGACUUCAACUUUUGUCGAUUAGGUUGAUGGUUAAGCUGGGAGGGUGUCUCUUCGGGCCAAGGGUGGCUGCUGCCUGUGCCCAUGCAUCCUUGGCUUCACUUUCUAAAGAUAUUGACAAAGAAGAAAGUUCUAAUGGAGGAAUCACUAGAUUGAGGACAAAUGGUCCUGCGAGCCAACAUGAUACUGAAGGUGUUCAAUUAUCAACUGAAAAGGUGAUAGCUGCAGCAAAAGACGGUCUUGUUGCUGCAGCAUUGAAGGCGAAGCUUUUUGCUGAUCACGAAGAGCGUGAAAUCCAACGAUUAUCUGCUAAUAUCGUAAAUCAUCAGUUAAAAAGAUUAGAGCUGAAGCUGAAGCAGUUUGCAGAAAUCAAGACCAUGUUAAUGAAAGAGUGCGAACAGAUGGAAAGGACAAGACAGAGGAUUGCUGCUGAGCGGGCCCUCAUGAUGUCAGCCCAGUUUGGAUCCAACAAGUUUCAGGUCCUCAACCGUCUUUUCUCUGGAUAUGGCAAUAGCCAGCAAAUGCAUCCCCAAAUGUCGAUGAUGUACGGGCUUGGCCCGAGGCUACCCCUUUCGGCUAUACACCCACCACCAUCAACAACCUCUAAUGCCAUGUUUGGUUCUCCUUCGAAUUCUCAGCAGUCGCUUGGUCAUCAUCCAAUGAUCAGGCCAUCGUUAUCUGGGACUAAAUCGGGUUUAGGUUAG